UUAUUCCUGAGAGUGAGUGCUUUCAUUUCAUAUGAUUUUAAUUUGUAUUUUAUUUUGUGGCUAGGUCUUAGGCAUAAAACUUCAGGGCUGAAAAUGAGUUCCAUUCCAGCCCUGUUUUGCACUGCAUGACAAAAUAGGGCGUUUAUCAAAGGUGAAACUUUUAGGGCUCAUUAUAGUUGUGCAUAGGUCCUACGGCGUAGGUUCCGCGUCAGUUUUCAUUUAUACUUUUGCGUCAUCGUCGACGUGCAAACACUCGCACAGACCGCUGGUAGGCAGUAUCCACGCGUGUAACCACAGUAGCAGCAGCACGACCGUCAAAGAAGAAGCUUGGCAAGUUAACUCACAAGCGAAGAAGAAACAGCAACUUGUUGUGUAUGAUUUGAGAAGACCAGCAAUGAUGGAAGUAAAUAAACAUCGACUUAUGUUGCAGUUUGAGUUAAAUCACUCCCCAACUUGGCCAUUCUUUGUUUUCUCCGUUGCAAACAGAAAUACCUAUGACAAGUUUUUUUCUACCUGACGGGAGGGGUUCUGGUGGACCAAUCACAGCGCUUGCGGUCCGCGUAGAACUGACUCAUUGGUACGUUUCUUUUUAUAAGAAAGGCAUUUGAUACAAAAUCAGAGUAGGUGAAAUGAAACGUUUGAUCUAAGAGCGGAGGAAUUAAAACAUUGUGAAUCGAAAUUUGUGUGUAAUUAUGAUACAAACAAAAGAAGAAUAAUAGACGGCCAUUACCAGGCUGAAUAGGUGUUAAUAUGUGCCCUGAUGAUGCUCAAACUGAAUGGGGCUGUUUUUGCAUAUUUACUCAAUAGUUUUUUCUGGUCAUAUCAUUUAAUUCAGGCUGAGCACACUUUGGGCAGCCAGCGCAGACAUGUUUCACAAGUAGCUAUAAUUCAGGUACAAUUAUUAUGUGAGGUUUAGGUCAUGUUUUCACUCAUCUGUACUUUUGAAGAAUAAAACUGAGGAACAGAGAGCUUAAACGUGGAAGGGGGAGAGAAAGUGGUGCUCUCUACUUCUCCCACAGCGUCCACAGAUUAAAAGUAAAGAAAAUAUAUAAAUGUAUUUUUGGAGUUCUAGAUUGGGUGGGUCCUGAUUCAUUUUCAAUGCAGGGAAACCCUGGUGCAAUAAUAAGAUGAUGUCUGCAUCAUUUCACUUUGACAUGUGUAACUAAUUUUUAUUUGAAACCUUGAUCCUCGAUUUAAAAAAUAAAUAAAAUUGUGAUUGAUACAUGAGAAACAGAUUGUGAGUGUUUUACUGACAUUCAAUGUUUUAAUGACUCUUCUUUCAUCUCUAUUUCACACCUAUAGAGUAAAAGUGAUUGAGAUCUUCAGUGAAGCUCCUCCUACAACAAUCCACCAAUAAAUGCUGGAGUCAAACACACAGAGAAAUCACUCCAUGUGUGACAACUGAAAUCUUCAUGACAUAAUGUUGAUGCUGGUGAAAGAGGAGCUUGAGAAGAUGACAGAUCCACAACCAUGUAGAAUAAAGGAUGAAGAUACUGAGGAACAAAUAGAUAUGAUGGAAGUGAAAGAGGAGAGUCAAGCUGAAGUGGAUGAGAAACAUCAGAUUGUAAAAAUAAACCAUAAUGUUUCACAGAAAGAAACUCUGAAGACAGAAGACAUAAAGUGUGAAAAUAGUUUCAGAGAAGAUGAACGCCCUGCAGAUCACAAGAGGACUCACAGUGAGAAGAAACCUUUAACAUGUCAACAGUGUGGAAAGAGUUUCACCUCUCAAUCGAACCUUAACCGGCACAAGAAAACUCACGAGGGGAAAAUGUCAUGUGCAUGCCAACAUUGUGAAAAGAGUUUUUCGGAUAAAAGUCAACUUAAGAGACACAUGAUGACUCACACUGGAGAGAAGCCUCACGCAUGUCUUCAGUGUGAGAAGAGUUUCAGAGAUAAAACGAGACUUGAGGCUCACAUGAGAAAUCACACCGGAGAGAAACCUUACAUAUGUCUUCAGUGUGAAAAGAGAUUCAGUACGUGGAGCAACCUCAAAUCACACAUGAUAACUCACAGUGAAAAGAAACCUCACGCAUGUCUUCAGUGUGAAAAGAGUUUCAGAAAUAAAUGUGGACUUGAGAUACACAUAAGAAUACACACUGGAGAGAAACCUUACAUAUGCUCUCAGUGUGAAAAGAGUUUCAGAACAAAACAUUACCUUAGAGCACACAUGAGGAUACACACUGGAGAAAAACCAUUUACUUGUCAUCUGUGUGGAAAGAGUUUCAAAGAUAAAAGUUAUCUUAAGGACCACUCAAGAAUUCACACUGGAGAGAAACCACACGCAUGCCAUGAGUGUGAAAAGAGUUUUAAAAUUGCAGGUGACCUUAAAAAACAUUUGAGGAUUCACAGCGGAGAGAAACCUUGCACUUGUCAACAGUGUGGAAAGAGUUUCAGAACAAAACCUAACCUCAACGUACACAUGAGGAUUCACACCGGAGAGAAACCAUUCACUUGUCAUCACUGUGAAAAGAGUUUUAAAACUGCAGGUGACCUUAAGAAACAUUUGAGAAUUCACACUGGAGAGAAACCUUACACUUGUCAACAGUGUGGAAAGAGUUUCUCUGCUGAAGGAAACCUUAAGAUACAUGAAAGAAUUCACACUGGAGAGAAACCUUACACAUGCCAUGAGUGUGAAAAAUGUUUCAGAAGUAAAGGCAACCUUACAGCACACAUGAAAAUUCACAAAGGAGAGAAACCUCACGUGUGUUUUCAGUGUGGAAAGUGUUUUAGUGUGGAGUGUCACCUUAAGAAACACAUGAUAACUCACAGCGAAAAGAAACCUCACGCAUGUCUUCAGUGUGAAAAGAGUUUCAUAGAUAAACGUGGACUUGAGAUUCACAUGAGAAAUCACACUGGAGAGAAACCUUACAUAUGCUCUCAGUGUGAAAAGAGAUUCAGUACGUGGAGAAACCUUAAAUCACACAUGAUAACUCACAGUGAAAAGAAACCUCACGCAUGUCUUCAGUGUGAAAAGAGUUUCAGAGAUAAACAUGGACUUGAGACUCACAUAAGAAUUCACACUGGAGAGAAACCUUACACAUGUCUUCAGUGUGAAAAGAGUUUCAGACAUAAAGGUGGACUUAAGACUCACAUGAGAAUUCACACUUGAUAGAAACCUUAAAUACACUCACCGGCCACUUUAUUAGGUACACUUGUCGAACUGUGCGUUAAUGCAAAUUUCUAAUCUGUCAGAAAAGGAGAAAAUAUCAAAUGAGAAGCAGUUCUGUGGUCGCAUAUGCCUUGUUGAUGCCAGAGGUCAUAGGAGAAUGGCCAGACUGGUUCGAGUUGAUAGAAAGGCAACAGUAACUCAAAUAAUUACUCGUUACAACUGAGGUAUGCAGAAGAGCACCUCUGAACACACAACACGUCGAACCUUAAGGCGGAUGGGUUACAGCAGCAGAAGACCACACCGGGUGCCAUUCCUGACAGCUAAGAACAGGAAACUGAGGCUACAAUUCGCACAGGCUGUAUGACUACAGUGUCCCCAUCCUCUGAUGGCUACUUACAGCAGGAUAACGCGCUAUGAUGUCAUGAAGUGCAAAUCAUCUCAGACUGGUUUAUUGAACAUGACAAUGAGUUCACUGUACUCAAAUGGCCUCCACAGUCACCAGAUCUCAACCCAAUGAAGCAUCUUUGGGAUGUGGUGAAACGGGAGCUUCGUGCCCUGCAUGUGCAGCCGACAAUUCUGCAACAACUGUGUGAUGUUAUCAUGUCAAUAUGGGCCAAAAUAUCUGAGGAAUGUUUCCAGUACCUUGUUGAAUUAAGGCAACGAACAAUUAAGGCAGUUCUGAAGGAAAAAGGGGGCCCAACCCGGUACUAGUAAGGUGUACCUAAUAAAUUGCACCGGCCAGUGUAUGUCUUCAGUGUGAAAGGAGUUAUACAAGUGAAGACACUCUUAAGAAACACAUGACAGUUCACACAGGAGAGAAACCGUUCACUUGUCAACACUGUGGAAAGAGCUUUACAGUGAAACGUUACCUUAAUGCACAUGUGAGAAUUCACACUGGAGAGAGACCAUGCGUUUGUCAACAGUGUGGAAAGAGUUUCAGGACAAAACCAAACCUAAAAAAAAAAACAAGAUUUCACACUCAAUAGGAACCAAUUAUGUGUCAACAGUGUGGAUAUGGCAACAAUGUUUAGAAAUCAGCUGAGGGUCUUAUUAAUAAAACUGUCUGGAGGAUCCUUACUAAAAGUCUACAUGCGCACAAAAGCCCAAAAUGGUGUACGGCAAAAAAGAUUCAGGCAGUUUCUCAAUCUGCAUUCUUGUUUGUGUACUUGUAUUCUUGUGAAACGUCAUCAGUCUGGGCCCAAGUACUGUUCCAGUUCCAUGAUCACAUCAAGCCAAGUUUACAUAACAUCUCAGGAUGUGUUCUUGAUACGCUCAUUUUAUCGAGGAUGCAUCAGAAUGUGACUUGUGUGGACUUAUGAUAGACAAGUUUCCCAGAAUACAUUUCACGUUAACUGCAAAGGAGCUUAUAACCGGCACAAUAUUUGAAAUAUUACUCUUUCUGUGUAAAAUGUAGCUGUUUGUCAAGAAUAUAGAUGAAUAAACUUUAAAUCUGUGGUCAGUUAGUAAAAACAGCGCCUAUUAACAUUUCCUCUGAUGAUUUUGGAUAUGCGAGUUCAAGUUAAUCAGCGGGCAGUCAGUGCCGUGUACACCACCAAGGGCAGCCUCAUCUCUUCAAGUCCUUCUGAAAUUUUCUGCUCCCUCAUUGCAGCUGCUCUGCCCUUCAGUGUCUGAUGGUCAAACAUGGAAUAUUUCCUUUAGAUACAGUUGCAAUCAGAAAUAUUCAACCCCCUCACCUCAAAAAACAUUAUAGUGAUGUUGAUAAAAAAAUAAUAAAAAUCUCUUGGAAUGUUAAAUAUUUUGGAAAUCUUCUUAUACCCAAGGCCCUUCAGAUGUGAUGAAAUAAUCUCCUCUCUUAGCUUUUGUGGAAGCUCCUUUGUCUUUCCCAUGAUUGCAACUCACCUUGAAGACCUUGAUGGUUGGGGUUUAUAUAUGCAUCACAGCUGAAGCAAAUGAAGGAUCGUUAUAGAGUUCCUAAAGGCUUAUGCUGCGUUCCAGGCAGGUUUUUAAACCUGUGAGUUACGACUUCAAAACCACGACUCACGACCCUAUGCGUUCCAGGCAGUCUGUAACUCGUAUUUUUACAACCUUCUACCUGUGAAAGUGCACUGGAACGCCAGUCAAACCCGUGACUUCCCACCCGUGAACUCGUACUAGAUCGAUGUACUCCCAGUUCAGAGUCGUGAGUCGUGGUUUUGAAGUCGUGAGUUACGGGUUACAGGUUGCCUGGAACGCAGCAUUAAUGAUGUUUCAGCUCCACUUCAGGCCAUAAAAACUGUCAGAAAGCUUUAAAAAUAACAAUAUUAUAUAGGGGUUGAAUAAUUGUGACAUGGCUAUCUUAACAAAAUAUACUAUUACUCACAAAUACUACAUCAAACAUUUUCUGUUUUGAUUUUUUGCCUCACUUAACUCAUAAAAACUCAUCCAAAGCAGAAUCCCGCACUUUAAAAAGAUUUUUAUUUAUAAAUCCUUAAAACUCUUUGGGGGUUGAAUAUUUCUAAUUGCAACUGUAUAUCUAACAGGAAUUUUUCUGUCUCAAUUUAUUUCUCUUUAUUAUUUAUAUGAAGUCUGUUAUUUGUUAUUAUUGUUUUAACUGAUGUUGAAGUUAGGUUUCAUAACUUAAAUCACAUAUAUUUUCUAUAGAAUCUUAACACUGAAUCACUGCCUCUUAAACUUUAACUAGAUUUUUACUUGUGUUUAUCUUCAAAACACUAUGCAGAUUUUCACAUUUUCUCACAACAGUUAAAGACUGGCUUUUAGACCACCAGUCCUGCUCUCACUAAAAGUAUUUUAUAGUUUUGUAAUUAGAUAAUUUUGCACACAGUUGGAUCAUUUUAAUCUCAUAUUUGUUUAUUUGUGUCUUUGUUACUUGAAUAUUUUAUAUGUGUAGUGCUUUUUGUUAUCUACUGUGAUGCAAUUUUAAUUAUGUAGGACUACAGAUGGAAAGUAGCAUAAUGUUAAAUCUAGUGCAGCCAUCUUUUUAAUGUAACUGCACAUUGUCCUGAUAAAUGAACAAACAAACAAACUAUGGGUGAUGUCACGGAUACUCAGUGUUGGGGGUAACGCAUUACAAGUAACGCGCAUAACGUAAUAAUAUUACUUUUCUGAAGUAACGAGUAAAGUAACGCAUUACUUUGUAAACCUACACAUUAAUAUUUGAGUUACUUUUGAAAAAAAGUAAUGCGAGUUACUUUUCAGUUUAAUUAAUUCAAUUUAAAAAUAAAAUAAUGUACUGAAUUAAACUGAACAUAUUAACGUAGAAUUACACACUUUGUGCGCCUUAGGAGAUGGCAGGCCAGAGCUUGACAUUUUUGUGAUCAUAAAAAACACCUGUAAGGCCUGAAAGAGAUCAAGCCUCAGCCAAGUAAGAAAAAGUAACGCAAAAGUAACUAAAAGUAACGUAAGCAUUACUUUCCAUGAAAAGUAACUAAGUAAUGCAAUGAGUUACUUUUUUGGGGAGUAACUUAAUAUUGUAAUGCAUUACUUUUAAAAGUAACUUUCCCCAACACUGUGGAUACUACGUCCAUCUUUUUUAAAGUCUAUGGUGCAUACGCUGAUUACGCACAGAGUAAUUGGGGAUUUCCGCCUGGAUUUGGCCUACCCAAUUUCAAAAGCUUCUCAUACCCAUUUACAUUUACCUUACAUUUAGUCAUUUAGCAGACACUUUUGUCCAAAGCCACUUACAAAUGUGGUAAACAAUAAAAGCAAUUAUAGUGACAAAAGAACAGUAAUACAUAAGUGCACUGGAAAUAGUCUCAUCAUGUCCAACACACUAUAUAUAGCCAUGGGUUAGUGUUUUUUUGGAAGAAUGUAUAGAUAGAGAUCAAGAAUUAAAGGAAAAGACAAGAUAGUAAGUCUUUUAUUAGGAGGUGAGGUAAUGGCGGAAGAGAGACGAUUCCUAAAGACAGCUACAGAGUCAGCAGAUCCUGUCCGGCAGAUCAUUCCACAGUUGUGGAACAGCUCCAGAGAAGGUACGCAAUAAUGUUUUUUCCCUUUUUGAGAUGGCAUGGCACCACAAGCCGUCGCUUGGUGGAAGAGCGCAGGGAUCGAGAGGGUACAUAAGGCUGUAUAAGCAAGCGAAGGUAAGGGGGUGCUGACCCAGUGGUGGUUUUAAAGGCCAGGAGCAGAGCAUUAAAUUUGAUGUGAGCUGCUAUAGGGAGUCAAAAAGAGGAGUGACAUGCGACAUGAAUCUACAAUAGCUGGAGGUGCUGGCCAUAAAGCUAAGCUGAUAAUCAAUGACCACUCCCAGGUUUUUGGCCGUCCUGGAAGGCGUGAUGGUCAAGGAACCUAGCUGAAUGGAAAGGUUGUGCUGAAUCUUUGGUUUAAAAGAUAUGACAAGCAGUUCUGUCUUUGCAAGGUUAAGCUUAAACUAGAGAUUGUGAUCCUUCAUCCAGAGUGACAUGUCCUUCAGGGCAUGCUGAGAUGCGGGCAGAAACCGUGAAGUCAUCAGGGUGGAACAACAAGUAAAGUUGAGUGUCAUCUGCAUAGCAGUGGUAGGAAAAGCCAUGUUUUCGAAUGACAGAACCCAGGGAUUUCAUGUAUAUCGAAAAAAGCAGUGGUCCAUGCACAGAGCCUUGAGGCACCCCAGUGUGUGUGAAGAAAAGGUAGUGCUGAUCAAACACCACACGUUCAAGAGUCUUUGCAAUGAAGGGAAGAAAAGAAACGGGUCUGCAGUUUUCUAGCAAAGCAGGAUUGAGUGUGGGUUUCUUCAGCAGCGGGGUUAUCCCAGCCUCUUUAAAUGCUGCGGGGAAGGUACCAGUGGAAAGAGAUAAAUUGAUAAUGUGGAUGAGAGCAGUGAUAACCGAAGGAGAGAUGGCCUUGAAGGAGAUCGGUGGGUAUGGGAUGUAGCGUAUGGAGGACCACAAGAGUCAUGCAAAAUGUAGUAAAGAACUUCAAUAUUUAAUAACAAUAAAAAUAGCAAUUAAUAAGUCAUGGAAAAGCUAAAUAGAGAGGCUAAAAUGAAAAGCAAAUCAAAUAGCCAAAAGAAUAAGGAAAACCUGUAUUUGCAGUUCAAUUUAUAAAUCCAGUUAUUUAUUUCUCUUUAAAUCGCUUUUUGAAAUACAUUUUGCAAUGCAACAAUUCCAUUAUUUAAUUAAGAAUG